AUGGCUCCGCGAACCUCGCUCCUCCUUUCCGCGUCGGCACUCGCCUCCCUGGCUCUCGCUCGCGACGUGCCCCCCAACGUGCUCGGCCUGUACAACAGCAUCCGAGCCCAGGGCCAGUGUAAGCACGUGCUGGCGACCGGAUUCCACAGCAUCCAAGGCGACAGUGGCAAAUUCGACUACUGCGGCGACCACGUCCGUGACUACGGCAUCGUCUACCUGCAGGGCCGGCAUGGGCAGCUCGUCAACAUGGACGUGGACUGCGACGGCAUCCAGCACGGGCCCGCGGAUGACGGCCGGUGCGGCAGCUCGGGGGACACGCAGUCCAUCACGUCGUUCCAGGACGUGGUGCAGGGCUACGGCACCGGCCAGACGGAUUUGGACGCCAACGCCCACCCGUACGUGGUGUUUGGCAACUCCGGCACCAGGGCCGGCUACCCCAACUUUGACCCGACGGCGCACGGCAUCGAGCCCCUGAGCGUCAUGGCCGUCGUCUGCGACAACAAGCUCAUCUAUGGUGUCUGGGGCGACGAAAACGGCGAUGACGGGCCCCAGGCCAUGGUGGGCGAGGCCUCCAUUUCCCUGGCCACGGCUUGCUUCGGCAAGGGCAUCAACGGCGACGCGGGCCACGACGCCAACGACGUCUUGUUCAUUGCUUUCCGGGGCAAGGACGCCGUCCCCGGCGCCAAAGGCGCCAGGUGGAAUGCCCAAAACUACAACGACUUUGAGAACAGCAUCGCCGGCCUGGGCGACAGGCUGAUUCAGAGAAUCGGCAACACGGGCGGCGGCGGGUCUGCUCCUCCUCCGUCCUGCAGCUGGCCGGGCCACUGCAAGGGAGCGCCGUGCAAGACUGAAGACGACUGUUCCGACAGUCUCACCUGCAACAACGGCAAGUGCUCCUGA